AUGAUCCUGACGGGCCGCAGUUUGUGUCUUCCUUCUCGAGCCACCGUCCAGGAGCUCUUCUCGGUGGCUCAGGAUGCCAGUAUCAUCCCUGAUAUCUCCUUGGAUCCUGUUCUCACCACCUUCCUGUCGCUGGAUUCGUCAGCAGCGUUGCAGCAUCAGUACAACUUCUUACAGCGGAGCAUGAGCAUGGAGCAGCAGAGCACGUUCAACCUCAACCUGACGGCGAAGCUGGGGGGCAGCAGGGCAACCUGUGGAGGAGUGGGGGUUGUUGCUCUGGCUCUGUCCAUGCUUUUUGAUCAGGUUGCUCAACAGGUCCGAGCACAAGGAUCAACAGAGGGUCCCUCGUUAACUCAACCAUCCCGGCUUAAGAGGAUUUUUGGCAUCAGCAGCUCAUCGAGAAUCGGCUGGAUUAUCCACAGCUUCCUCACCCUUAUCCCAGGCAUCGCCAACAACCAGGAUCAGAUGGCUGAGACCACAGAGCUCUACGAUAACUGGCUGAAAUUUGAGCUUCUCGACCAUUAUGAUAGGAUGACCACAAGGAAGAGAAUGAGUUCAGCGUCGAUGCAGCAGUGGCUGACAGGAGCUGCAAUUCACCUGCACAUGAGAAUCCACCAGGCCCGUCUGCAGUCUGUGCCAUUAGGAUCAGUUGAAUCAAUGCGCAUUUCUUAUAAGACGGGGUUAGGUCACCUGGUUCGGGGCUAUACAGCCUACCUACGCGCAAACAUCCAGGAGACUCCAGCUCCUGGUCCACAAAAACCAAGAACCAAUGCUGCCAACAGACCUAAACAUGCUAACACAUCUACUAUAACCAAUAUGACAUGCUCCAACAGCCUCCUUGUUAAUGGUAGCCAGGUUGGGCCAAGUAGUAAAUCUGCCACACCCAGUUCAACUGCAGGAAUUAACAGAGGCUGUAAAACUGAUGAAGCAGGUGGAGACUUUGGAUUUAAUGUCCUAAAUGGAAGCAAUGACACCACGAUGACAGGAGACACCCUCUACACUUCAUCCAGAUACAGCAGGACGGAGGAUGGCAGCAUGCUUGGACUGUUAGUCAUCGAGCCCUCGAGAAACGUGAGUCACAGUGUGCAGCAUCACCCCUGUGAGUCUCCAGCCAUACAAGAAGCUCUGGUGACUCGAAUAAUCAACGUGCAGGACCUGGAGAGCAACGGAAAUUUUUUCCUGUAUGCUGACGGAGUUUUUCAGAGCCUGCUAAGGCAGAGGGAUGACUUCGAACUGAGGACAAAUUAG